AUGUUGUAUCCUAGACUUGAUCCAGCCUAUCCUGCUCAGGGGUCGGGACGGAGUGAAUGGAGUAUAGAAGUAUUCAUCCCUGCGUACACUUCACGAGCCACUUCUGUCAACCAUACAGCAGUUGUGUUUAUGAUAUCUAUCAUAUGCUAUCAGACUUUUAGCGUCCCAUUCUUUUGGGUUCCUGCGGGACUGUCUCCACCAUUCCCGCUAGGAAAUGGCCCGAUUAUCAGGCGUAUGAUGGGACCCACCAAACUUACGGAAAUGCUCGGUUUUAGCGUGUUGGCUCGCAAAUGGCGCUAA